CUAUACAAUCGAUAAACAGGGGUGAAUAUCGAUCUUAUAAAGUACUGGGCAGAACAAGAACAUUUUCGUACUUUAAGAAUUUCGGCUGAAACUCAACACCGAUAUAUAUCUUUAUCGGAAAGUUCCGGUGUGGAUUGACAGCCAGACGCAACGCUCUUUUCCUCCCGAGAGGGUUUAGAGAUGUCAUUACCAGAUGAAUUAUGGAGGUGGAUAUUGGAGUUAGGAGUCAACACCUCAUGUUUGACCUACAAAGAUCUAUGCUGCAUUUCCAUGAGUUGCAGACGCCUCAAUCGUCUAUCGAAAGAAGACGUUUUAUGGUCAAAGUUACUAUCCUUUGACUUCCCUGCACACGUGUCUUCUUCCACCGACCGCCAGUCUCCUAAAUCAAUCUACCAAAUCAGAUUCGAGAAGGAUAAAGUUAAGAAGCUGUUGGCAGAACGCAGAGCCGUGCUUAGAAUAGAGUCUCGGAUACAUGAACACACAAGAAAGUUGCAUGAGAUUGAAGGUCGGUUAGUAGAUGAAAACGAGAAGUUAAAAGCGGCGAUUGAUGAAUUAAAAGGGUUGAGAAGAGUGAAGGAAGCUUCGACUGCGUUGAAGGUGUGGCAGCCGGAGAUUAUUCAUAGUAGACAAAAGCAGAUUGUGGAGAACUGUAGUGUGCCGGUUGGUUUCAGGAUUAACGCGUUGGAGAUGGAGAUUAAGCUUUGUAAGCAGCACAUUUCGGGGUUUCUUAGAGCCCGGAAAGAUGAGAAUAAUAGGCUUGAAGCAGCAAAGGAGCGGUUGUCGAAGGUUAAAUAUCAUCCGCUGCAAAGUUUUGGUCUUGAUGAUGAAUCGAGAAACAGUAGAAAGAGUACAGGGAAGAACUUGAAAAGAGUGAAACAUGUGUGAAGUUUAAAGAUUUAAUUUUGAUAUGUUGUUGUAGCAUGCAAAUGUAAUAGUGUUAUAGUUGGAUUUAUAUUUUGUGUUUUAAAAUAACUGAAUCUUGAUAUCAGCCAAAAUUAUUGCA